AUGAAAAGCCAUGAGAUUAUGAUAAGAUGUAUUGAAGAAAAUCCAAUUAAAAAUAUUAAUGAAAUAAGAUUCUUCUUAAAUAAUGCUAAUUUAAGGGAUGAAGAAAUAGAAGAGAUAUUAAGUUUAUUAACUCAAAUGAUUAUGAGAGUUGAUAAAGAGAGUUUAGAAUAUAUUAGUCUUUAUAUUCAUUUGUUAAUGGAACGACUAGUUACAGAAACUAAAUUUGUGAGAAAUCCAAUUAAACAUGAUGGAUGGAAGAAAUUACGAAUUGAUCCUUCCUUUAUAAAUUGUAAAAUACUUAAAAUGCCUGUGGAUAUACAAAUAUUUUUAACAGAAUUUAUUGAUAAAGAAGAAGUUAUUAAGAGGAUUAAAAGUAAUAAUAUAGAUAUUUUAUUAAAGAAAAGAAUUACAUCUCUUAUUCAAUGGUAUCCUAAAGAAAUAAAUUGUGUUGAAAGUCCAGAUUAUAUGAUGAUUAAAGACAUGAUAAUUAAAGAAAAAAAUAAUGAAAAUUACGAAAUAAAUAUUAAAGAAUUAUAUACAGUAGAUGGUUUAGAUGAAAUGAAACUUAUUGCAUUAUUGUUAGUUUAUGGAAUUAUUCAUAAUAAAAAAAUAAUACUUGAAGAGAUGGAUCAUUUAAUUCAACAUUUUGUUAAUAGACCAUUAGGAAUAUAUUUUAUUAAGUAUUUUGUUCAGAUAUUAAGAAAUUAUAAAGAAGAAAUUUGUCAAAAAACAAUAGAUUUUAUUGUGAAUGGAAAUAGUAUUAAAACAAUAAUAUAUUCUUUAGGAGAAAAUCUUAUUCGAUUAAAACUAUUUAAUGAAAAAUCAAUUUUUUAUUCAAUAUUUCAAAUAUUUCCAAAGAUUAGUAUUCAAGAAACAUUAAAAAUAAGUCAAGUUAUUGACUUUAAUGAUGAAAAUAUAUUUUCAAUACAAAUUAGAGUUAUUAAUAUUUUUGUAUUGAUGAUUCCAGAAAUGAUCAAAAUAUCUCAUGAAGAAAUGAUAAACAUUAUUCAAAUGGUUUCACAAUUCAUCAUAAAACACCAAAAUAUAGAAAUUAUUCAAUUAUUUUGUGAUUUUAUUUAUGCAUCUUGGAAAUUAAUCCAACAAAAAGGGAUUUAUGAAACAAUCAUUUAUGAAGUUAUUAUUAAAAUUACAGAAAAUAUUCUUGAAGGAAUUAUUCCAUUAAAUGACAAGAAUAGAAAAAAUUUAUCAAAUGUUUAUUUAUUAUUAUUCAGUGAAAAACAUAAAUAUUGUAAAAGAAUCUUGAAUAUAGUUAUUAACAAAUGUAUUGAAAAAAAUAUUGACAUGGAACAUAUUCAAUAUAUCUUUCUUGGAUGUUAUCAAUCUAUAAAAUGGUCUGAGAAGAUUACACAUUUUUGUUUAGAAGAAUUAAUAGAAAAGAAAGAAAUUAAAGAAGAAAAUAUAAAGAGAAGUAUCAUGUUACUAAGAUUAUUAAAAACUGGGAUUAAUAAAGAAAUGAUUAUCAAAAAUGAAGAAAUUUAUUAUCAAUUAUUUAAUUUAUUUAUAAAAUAUGAUAUAUUAAAAAGUGUAAUUGAUGAAGUAAAAGGUAUUUUCAUUGAUAGAUUAAUAUAUUCUUAUAAUAAAGAUAAAAAUGAUCAAAAAUUAAUUGAGAUAUUUCAUAGAUAUAUAAAAUAUUGUAUUAUAUCUCAUUUAGAUUGUUUAUAUAAUUUUGUAAUAAACUCUUAUAUUGAUAAAGAACAAAAAAUAUCUAUUUAUCAAGAAGUACAAAAAACCAAAAUUGAUCAAACAAUUUUAUAUUUUAUGAAUAAAUACUUUAAAGAUGAAUUAAAGAUACUAAUUGAACAAAUGAAAAUUAUAGGAAUAAAAUUAAGCACAAUGAAACAAGAAGAAAAAUUACAAGAAUUAUAUUAUGAUGUUGUUGAGAAAUGUAUUAAGAAAAAUCCAAUUAAUACUAUUAUUGAUGAAGAAAAUAUGUUAAUUGAUAAUGAAAUGUAUAAUAUUAUUAAUAAAGAUAUUAUUUCUAUUAGAUUAAAUGAAAUGAAUGAAGAGAUAGAAGGUCUUGAUAAAAUUUUUGAAAUAUAUUUAAUUCUAAGUAAAGAAUUAAAUAGACCAAUAAUUAAUAAAAGUUUAUUAACUAUAAAACAAAAGAAAUUAAAUUCUAUUCCAAUUGAGUAUUUUAUUGGAGGAAAUAUUUUUAAUAAUAGUAUUGAUUAUUUAAUUCAAAAAAUUGAAGAGAUUGACAUUAAAAAAAUAAUUUAUUUAAUGAAAAAAGAUACUCUUGGUAUGAUGGAUGAAACAUCAAUGAUUGAAACAUUAUUAAAAUCACUCAAUAAUCAAUAUAUUUGUUCUAACCUUACAAAUGGAUUCAAAGUAUUUAAUCAAUUAAUUAGAUUUAUUCCCUUGACAUUCAAUAAUAUUAAUCAAUUAUUUAAUUCAAUAAACCAAUAUUGUAAAACUAAAAAAGAAUUAUUAAUUGAUGAAAAUAUUUAUCAAUUCAUUGAUUAUAGUCUUCAACUCAAUAAAGAAACAAGUGCUGCUGUAUCAUUUAUAUUAUUAAUGAUUAUUUCAUUAAUAAUCAAUUCAAUUGAAAAACAACCUUAUUCUAAAAUAAUAAAUAAUGAUAGAAAUAAAUUUAUCAAAGAAAAUAAUGAAUUUAAGAAUAUUAUAUAUUGUGGAUAUAAUGAUGUAUUUGAUUCAUUUAAAAUUAAAAUAAUUGAUAAUGAAAUUCAUAAUAAUCAAAUUAAAGAGAUUCUUCAAAGAAAUUGUACACUUCAAAUGCUUGAAAAAUGUAUUGAAACACCAUUUAUUUAUGAUUAUUCAAAACCUAUUCCACUAAAACAAAAUAUAUUUAUAAUAUUAUAUCAUUUCUUCACAUUCAAAGAAGUUAAAAAUAUCAUUGAAGUAAUUACUAACAAAUAUGAAACAGAAAAUAAAGGAAAAUUCUACAUCCUUCAAGGACUUAUUGCAGGAAUUAAAUCAUUUAAAAUAGAAGACAGAUUAGAAUGCCAAGAAUAUAUUUUAAAACAUUGUAUAGAUUGGCUUCAAGUAAUAAACUCAAAUCAAGAAUAUUUAAUAAAUAAUUUCAUUAAGAAUGACUAUAUUUUAUUAAAAGAAAUCUAUUCAAAAUGUAUUAAAAGUAUUAUUAAAGGAAAUUAUAAUAAAACAAUCAUUCUCUUUAUUAUCAAAUAUAGUUUUUAUAAUAUUUCAUUAAUUGAAACAACAAUUAAUACAUUAUUUAAUGGAACAACAAUUUGUGGAUGUUAUAAAGAAGAAAUCAGUAAAUUCAUUCAUCUAUUAAUAAAUGAUAAAAGAUUUAACAAAACAAUUACCAAUUUACUCAUUCAAAUAUUAAAAAAUAAUAAUAAACCAACUUUUAAUAAUACUCUUAAUGCUAAUAUAAGUGUUAUAUUUAAUAGUAUUGAAAUAAUUAAUAAUAAUACUAUUGAACUUUGUAUUGAAAUUAUUUAUAUUCUCAUUACAUUAUAUCCAUUUGAUAAUUUUAAAAUAUUAAAACCAAUUAUUAUAGUAAAAAAAGAAAUUCAAAGCCAAUUUGUUGAGAAAAUUCAAGAAAUUUAUUUUAAUUCUGAUAAAAAUGGUAAAAUGUUAAUUCUUGAUAUUUUAUGUUCAAUGAAUAAUUUGGAUUUAAUAAAUCAAUUUGACUUUAAUAAAAUGAUGAAUACUAAUAAUUUUACAAUUAAUUCUCGUUGUUCUGAUCUUAUAACAUAUUAUAUUAAGAAAACAAACAAUAUUGAAUUUUGUGAAAAGAUUAUUGAAAAACAAUUAAAUAAUAAUAUUAUUAAUGAACAUCUUUAUAUUACUGCAUUAUCAUGUAUUAUAUUAUCUCGAUCACUUUUUAUUAAUAAUUCAAUUAAAAAUGCUGUUCAUCAACUUCUUCAUUUUAAACCAAAAAAUAGUCAAAUUAAGAAAUAUAGUAAUAAUACUUUAAUGAUAUUUAGAAGAAAAUUUAAUCAAUUAUUAAAAUAUGAUAAAAAUAUAUUUUCAGAAGAUGAUAUGGAAUUAUUAUACUUACAAUCUAUUCCAUGGUAUAUGGCUUGA